AUGUCAUUUCGUAUUGAUCAAAAUCGUUUUUUUCUUGAUACGUAUCGAACACGUAUUAGAGAUACAGUAACAAACGCAGAACAAGCUGAUUGUGAACAAGCUGUUGAAAAACUUUUUAAAGAAUUUCUUAAACAAAAAUCAAGUUUUGGAUUGAAAGGUCCUAUUCUUAAUCGAGAUAAACAUGUUACUUAUUUAUUGAAAAGUCUUCGUCAUUUACCUAGAAGUCAUGAAUCACUUGAUGCUAGUCGACCAUGGCUUGUUUAUUGGAUUACACAAGCUUUAUAUUUACUUGACGAACAAUUAUCGGAUACAUUUAUCACUGAUAUAUGCAAUUUUUUAAAACAAUGUCAACAUCCGGAUGGUGGUUUUGGAGGUGGUCCUGGUCAAAUAGCUCAUUUAGCUCCAACAUAUGCAGCUGUAAAUUCACUUUGUUUAUUACGAAGUCAAAAAGCAUAUGAAGUUAUUGAUCGAAAAAAAUUAUCUGCAUGGUUAAAAACAAUUCGUGAUCCUAUUAAUGGAAGUUUUAGUUUACAUAUUGAUGGUGAAUCAGAUAUUCGAGCAACAUAUUGUGCUGCAAGUGUAGCAACAGUAUGUCAAUUAGAAGAUCGAAUUGAGCUAUUUCAAAAUACAGCUGAAUGGGUAGUCAGUUGUCAAACAUAUGAAGGUGGUUUUGGUGCAUGUCCGGGGGCUGAAGCACAUGGUGGAUAUUCAUUUUGUGGUUAUGCGACACUUUUAUUACUUGAUCGAGAAUCAUUAUGUGAUCGUGAUAGUUUACUUAGAUGGACUGUUAAUCGACAAAUGACAUUUGAAGGUGGUUUUCAGGGACGUACAAAUAAACUUGUCGAUGGAUGUUAUUCAUUUUGGGUUGGUGCUUUAAUACCACUUAUAAGAGCUAUUCAACGUCGACAAUGUACACGAGAUAAUCAAGAUGCAAAUGCAAAACAUGACGAUCAAAUUUUUGAUACAAUUGCUGCUCAAGAAUAUGUUCUUUUAUGUUGUCAGGUGAAUCAUACGGGUGGUUUUACUGAUCGACCUAAAGCUGAUGCACGUGGUAGUGAUUUGUACCAUACAUGCUAUUGUCUAAGUGGACUUAGUUUAUUCCAAGAUGGUGGUCAAGACCAAACACCAAUUAUUUGUGGUGAUGAUGACAAUAAACUCGUAAGAAAUAUAUUUAUACAAAGAAAAAAAAUGAUUAUUCUAUAUAUGAUAAUCUUUUCCUCUUUCUAGCGUAACACACAUCCUCUGUUCAAUAUUGGACCUGAAUGUAUUCGAGACGCCAUGAAUUACUAUUCACAAGAGACACACUAGAGCUAUUCUAAUCUUUCUUUUUUUUCUUCUUUUUUUUCCGUUCUUUUCUAUCAUUGUUGAAUAAAGAUUAUUUCAUUCGUUCGUUUGGUUCUUUUUUUUUCUCUUCGUGUAACCGCAGCGAGACUAUGCAUGCGCUGCCAGUAUGCGCCUCUUCUGUCGCCCGUUUGUGAUGACGUCAUGGACCCUCGUGAACAGAACGAGCGCAUUCGAAUGAUCCUUACAUAUAUAUAUAUA